AUGGGCCAGGAGAUGGAGAUGGUUAAACCGGUUGGGCUUGCUACUGGCAAGACGAGUCAACCACUCCGCAAAAAAAAGGAAAAUCUUGGCGACCUCUGUCCGAUCACUCAAUGUCAAGAAUCCACGCGGUCUCUAUCAAAGCAAGAUCGCAUGGCGCUUCGAGGUCUCCGGAUGGUUACAUCGCGGUGUGCUAAAAUCGGCUUCCCCAUGAAAUCCAAGAACAGGGGGUUGCAACACCACACCACCGAACCUCAGCCAAGCGAGCCAAGCCCAAGGGGGCACGAACCUUCAAACCUCGCUCAUUUCCAGGAAACAAUGCGACUGUGUCCAUGUAACGGAAGCUUUUACCGUGGAACCACCAUGAGGCGAUCCAUCAUAUCCUUGGACUCAACAGCGGUGACAAAAAGUAUAUAACCCCUGGGUAACCUCCCCGGGAUCACCACUCGAAAUCUGGUCCUCAUCCUCAGCACUCCUCUCCAGUCGAAGGUCAAGACAUCAAAAUGGUUGCUUUCUCCUCCAUCCUCCUCGCCGCCUCGACGGCCAUCUCUGCCGUCUUCGCCCUCCCCGGCGAGCUCCCCGGCCAGGGCAGCCUCUUCAAGCGCCAGACCUACACCCAGUCUGCCACUGGUACUCACAACGGCUACUACUUCUCCUUCUGGACCGAUGGUCAGGGCAGCAUCCAGUACACCAACGAGGCUGGCGGCCAGUACAGUGCCAAGUGGUCCGGCAACGGCAACUGGGUCGGUGGUAAGGGAUGGAUGCCCGGUACUGAUCGCACCAUCAACUACACCGGCAACUACUCCCCCAACGGCAACUCCUACCUCUCCGUCUACGGCUGGACCCGCAACCCGCUCGUCGAGUACUACGUCGUCGAGAACUUCGGCACCUACAACCCCAGCACGGGCGCCACCCGUCUCGGGUCCGUCACCACCGACGGCAGCGUCUACGACAUCUACCGCACCCAGCGCGUCAACCAGCCCUCCAUCGACGGCACCGCCACCUUCUACCAGUACUGGUCCGUCCGCCAGCAGAAGCGCACCGGCGGCUCCGUCAACAUGAAGAACCACUUCGACGCCUGGACCAGGUCCGGUCUCCAGCUCGGAACCCACAACUACCAGAUCGUCGCUACCGAGGGCUACUUCUCCUCCGGCAGCAGCACCAUCAAUGUCGGCGCCAGCAGCGGCGGCGGCAGCGGCACUACCCCCUCUGACCCUAGCACUACUACCGCGCCCGCCAACCCCGGAAACGGAUCUGGUAACUGUGCGGCUAAGUGGGGACAGUGCGGUGGCCAGGGAUGGAGUGGUGCGAAUUGCUGCCAGUCUGGCUCGACUUGCCAGGCUUCAAACCAGUGGUACUCGCAGUGCUUGUAAGCGGGCUUCGAGUCCGUGAGCGAGCG